GGUCUUUAAACCCGUCCUGAGAAUGACUAUCCAGAGUGGAUCAGUGGUAUCUGCCAGAGACUGCUCUCUGGAAAAUAAAAGGAACACCCUGAGGUGGGACCUGUCUCCAGAUGAGAUCAGGACCAUGACAGAGAGCCUGAUCGCCAGAAUAAAGAAGGUCUACGAUGACAUUGGAGCUCUAAACAUAGAAAAUGUCUCAGUUGAAAACACCCUGGAAGCCUUGGCUAAUGCCAAGCUGGAUUAUGCCUCAUCUCGUCACGUUCUUGACUUCCCCCAGUAUGUUUGCCCUUCUAAGGAGGUUCGGUCAGCGAGCACAGAAGCAGACAAGAAGCUGUCUGAGUUUGAUGUGGAAAUGAGCAUGCGGGAGGAUGUGUUCAAACGCAUUACUGCCUUGCAGGAGAAGCUCCAGGAUGACAUUUCACCUGAAGAAAAGAGGUUCGUAGAAAGACAAGUUACACUGGGCCAGAGGAAAGGAUUGCACCUGUCGAAAGAUAUACAAGAGGAGAUAAAACGAACUUCCAAGCUCAUCAGUGAGCUCUCCAUAGAGUUUAACAAGAAUCUGAAUGAGGACAGUACGUUUCUAGUUUUUUCUGAGCGAGAACUGGGUGGGCUAGCUGAUAGCUAUCUGAAUGGACUGGAUAAGACAGCAGAGGGACAGUAUAAGGUGACACUGGAAUAUCCCCAUUACUACCCCCUGAUGAAGAGGUGUCACAAUCCUGAAACCAGGAGGAAGAUGGAAACCGCUUUUCACAGCAGGUGUAAAGAGGUAAACACAGCAAUCCUUGAACAGUUGAUACAACUGAGGGCAAAGGUUGCAGACUUACUUGGUUAUAGUACCCAUGCCAACUAUGUACUGGGAAUUAACAUGGCUAAAAAUGCGAGCAAUGUGUCUGACUUUCUAGACACGUUCUAUGAAACACUAAAGCCCAUUGGAAUCAAGGAGAGGAAAUAUAUUCUUGCUCUUAAGAAAAGGGAGUGCUUGAUGAAGGGCUUCCAGUUUGACGGCAAGAUCAACGCCUGGGACUUGCCCUAUUACAUGAACCAAGUGGAACAGUGCAAGUUUGCGGUCAACAAGGACAAACUAAUUGAGUAUUUCCCUCUUGAUGUGGUGACAGAAGGACUGUUUGGUAUCUACCAGGAGCUGCUGGGUCUCAAGUUCACCGAGGUGGAACAUGCUCAUGUGUGGCAUGAAAAUGUCAAGCUUUAUUCAGUGCAGGACACUGAAACAGGCGAGGAGAUUGGUCAGUUCUACAUGGACUUACAUCCAAGGGAAGGAAAAUAUGGCCACGCAGCUUGCUUUGGGCUUAGGCCUGGCUGCAGAGGGCCUGAAGGAAAACGCAGGCUUCCAGUUGCAGCAAUGGUAGCUAACUUUACCAAGCCCAGGAAAGGCUGGCCCUCUCUCCUCCAGCACCAUGAAGUGGAGACUUAUUUUCACGAGUUUGGUCAUGUCAUGCACGAGCUCUGCUCGAAGACCACUUUUUCAGAAUUCAGUGGAACUCUGGUAGAGACAGACUUUGUGGAAGUGCCAUCUCAGAUGCUCGAGAACUGGGUGUGGGAGAAGGAGCCUCUAAAAAGAAUGUCUGGCCACUACAAGGAUGGCACCCCCAUCCCAGACAGUCUGCUCGACAAACUGAUUGCUUCCAGAGUUGCCAACACUGGCCUAAUGAACCUGCGUCAGGUGGUCCUCAGUAAAGUGGACCAGUCACUACACACCAGCCCUCAUGCAGACACAGCUGAGGUGUUUGCACAGCACUGUCAGGACAUCCUGGGUGUCCCCGCUACACCAGGUACCAACAUGACAGCCAGUUUCAGCCACCUGGCUGGAGGAUAUGAUGGCCAGUACUACAGCUAUCUGUGGAGUGAAGUCUACUCCAUGGACAUUUUUUUCAGCCGUUUUAAAAAGGAAGGCAUUAUGAAUCCAGAGGUUGGAAAACAGUACAGAAAAGUGAUCUUGGAAGCUGGAGGCUCUGUGGAUGGAAUGGACAUGCUGAAAACCUUCCUUGGACGUGCGCCAUGUCAGGAAGCCUUCUUCCAGUGCAAAGGACUGACUAAGUCACAAGAAACACCUGUUAUAAUCUAAUAUAUCUUUUAAUUCUUUUUUGUCUAAGCAAUAUUUAUUUCUAAUUGUCUGGAUGCAUGUUCACGAUAUUAGAAAAACAGCUUUCGUUCGGGGUUUUGUACUUGAUUUCUACCUGUGCAAAUGUGCAGCACAUCCGGGACGGUCCCCCUCAUGACAUGUACAAUGGGUCCUAUUCACAGCAGUCAUUUUGACUAUAGUAGGGAAAGCAGAAGUGUUACUAAUAACAUUAGCAAUGGCUGUACUCAAUGUAAAAGUCCCAAUAAGCCCUGGCAGUGUGACAGUAAGCCGGCAUGCUCCGUUGACCUUUUUCACAGCAGACAUUUUGACUUGUCAUCUCAGGAAAAUCACAAGUGAAACUAAUGUGGUUAACAAUGGCUCUGUCCCAUCAAAUGUCCAGGAAAGCCAUGACAGAGAGCAACACUGCACGAUACCAACAGUCUUUUUACUUUUAAUGAUGAGGCAGAAACAUUGAGAUUUUGGGAUAUUUUGCUUUUGUAAUGUCUUCUGUUCAUACUAAUGUGAUAAAAAACUCACAUUUGUGUCUUUGUGCUUGCAUAUUUAAGUAAUAAUGUUUUUUUAAGGGCCUAUUUCACAGAAUUGUUUUUUCUCAACCUUUCAGUUGCAUUCUUCUCUGUAUUCUGAAGGUUCUUCCUGUGGGCUUUGUUCAUGUAUUAUUCACAGCCUUUUUUAUUGAAUAUUUAUACCUAAAAACAUAGCAAAAAUAACUUUUUCUUUUUUGACCUUUGACAGUAUGUUCUGAUUUCACAUUCAGUAUCUCUGCUUAAGUUGUUCUUUGGUUGCUUUUGAAUAGUGGGAGGAGAGCAGUAAGUAUGGUGGUCCACCCCCACAGAAUUUAAAGCAUCAAACACUUCAUUUCCUGCAGUGAGCUAAUUUUUUUUAUGCACAAAUUUGUGCCUGGUCAUAUUUUCUGGACCCUUUUAACCCCUCUGAACCUUAAAACCCACUACUCAUAUGUAAAGAAACUGCUAAAAUUACUUAAUUUAUCAAUUGUCUUUCAACUGUUUAUCCAUAAAAUGGCAUCCCAAUCAAAAGAUAAACCAAAUCUAAGCUUUCAAUCAUGAUACUUCAUCAAAACGACUUUAUUCUACAUCUCUCAUUUUGAAAAUUGCAUUUGCCCUCACCAGAUUCUUUAAAAAUAAUUCAAUCCAUGGAAUAAACCCAAUACUAUUAAUGACCAAUGGCCGCUUUACAAAAAUUAAGGGACUUUUUGGCUGAACUGCCAAAAGCCCCUGGUGUUUACAUGGAGGCUAGUAUGGAAACCAAUGAAAAAUGUUUGUAAAAUAUCUAAUAUGUAGAGCCACUAUGUUUUUUUUUUCCAGCAUUGGUGACACCUGAGGGCACCUGGAGAAGUCAUGUACAUGUUGAUUGUAAUUUUUAUUUUUAUUUACUAUUUUUUGAGGAUUUACUAGUGCAAAAAGACAUUAAGAGUUCUCUCAAGCUUCAAGCCAUGAUUGUGCUGUUUUCCGUAGAGGUGCAGGACUUUUUGGAAAAAAAACGAACCAACAGUGAGUAAAAAUGAGACAUGAGAAUAAAAACAAAAACACCCAGAAACUGCUUGGCUUAAAAAUCCACUCAAAACGAAAAAAAAAAGUUUUACGUCCACCAGGGGGCGCCACAAGAUAACAAGAACUGCUGUAAAUAGUGCAAACACCUUUUGUAUACAUGUAGAUGGGUUUAAUAAAAUGUUUUUUGUUUUGUU